GGAGCGGGGAGGGGGAAGAGCGUGACCGUGAGCGGGGCCGCGCGUGCGGGACGGCGGCGCGAUGGCGCGGCGCUGCGGAGCCGUUAUCUAGGGGACGGCGGCGGGGUGCAGGCGCCGUGAUGCAGGCGCCGUGAGGUGGCGGCAGCGCCAGGAAUUCUGUGCAGCAUGUUUUCUGAGUGGAAGUGGGUAGCCCAUGGCUUAUAUCUGCUUUUGAAUUUUUGUUCUCUUGAAGUUUCAGGUGGACUUGUACAGUCAUGUGGUCACAUCAUCCCAGAGUCUCCCGUAUUGGCACUUGGCUCCAACUUCACAGCAUUGUGCAUUCUGAAUGAAAGUUGUCUUGACUUUGGCAAUAUCUAUGCUAAUCAAAUUAUAUGGAAAAUUAAAAAUAGAGUGGUACCUAAAGAACAGUAUCGUGAAAUAAACAGAACAGUUUCCAGUGUCACAUUUAAUGACACUUCUUCACUAGCUACUCCUCUGACAUGCAACAUUUUAGCAGAUGGACAGAUUGAGCAAAACAUUUAUGGAAUUACAGUUACAGUAGGCUUACCUCCAGAGAAGCCCAAGAAUUUAAGCUGCAUUGUGAUUCAGGUGUCAAAACUCACAUAUCCUAUGACUUGUACCUGGAACCCUGGAAGGCAUACAUUCCUGGACACUCACUAUAGGUUGAAAUACAGGUGGCCACAAGAGAACUUUCCUGACUGUAUACCAAAAGAUGUAAACAAUUCUUGUACAAUUGCUGAUGUUCAGUUCUUUGUUAACCUGGAGGUUUGGGUAGAAGCAGCAAAUGCUCUUGGGAAGGCUGAAUCUGAUCCUCUUGUUCUUGAUCCCAUUGAGAUUGUAAAACCUCUGUCUCCACACAACUUAUCAGUCAACUCGGGGAUACUGCCUACAGUUCUGAAGCUUUCCUGGGAGAAUCGUAUUUCAGCAGCUGUGAUGAAGCUGAAAUUUAAUAUUCGCUAUAGAAUCACUGGUGACACAAACUGGAUGCAGGUUCCUCCUGAAGAUACAGCUUCACCAAGAACAUCAUUCAGCAUUCAAGGGCUCAGACCCUACACAGAGUAUGUCUUUUCAAUUCGCUGCAUGAAGGAAGAUGGAGUGGGCUACUGGAGUGACUGGAGUGAAGAGAAAACUGGGGUCACCACUGAGGACCAACCAUCCAAAGGACCACCCAUAUGGAGGGUCAUUGAUGCAUCUUGCUCACCAGCUUCCUGGACUGUGCACCUGAUGUGGAAGCCGUUGAAGCCAUUUGAAGCCAAUGGAGUAAUCUUGCAGUAUGAAGUGACUGUCAAAGCUAAAUCAUCUCCUUCCAGUCCACCAGAGAAAUACAAUGUUAAUGCCACCAACCUUACAUUAAAGCUGCCGAAUGGAACUUAUGAAGUGACUGUGAUUGCCCAUAACAGAGCUGGGGCAUCCCCUCCAUCAGUUUUACUUAUCCCAGCAAGUAAUUCAAAAGCUCCAGUGAAGAAUGUUAGAACACUACCUAAAGAUGGCAAGUUGUGGGUAGAGUGGACUGCUCCUAACAGUUACGUUCUUAAAUAUGUGAUUGAAUGGUGUCUGGUGUCCAACAGCUCAGACUGCAUCAUAGAAUGGCAGACCGAACCAGGAAGUGUUCAAGAAACAUACUUAAAAGGUGGUAUAAAGCCGUUCAAGUGUUACUUGAUAACUGUGUACCCUUUAUAUGCUGAUGGUCAGGGAAGUGGACAGUCUGUGAAGGCUUAUCUUCAGCAGGCUCGUCCUUCAAAAGGACCAACCGUUCAGACAAAAAAAGUAGGAAAAGCUGAAGCUGUGUUGACAUGGAACCAUCUCACAGUGGAUGAACAAAAUGGAUUUAUCAGAAGUUACACUAUUUUUUACAAAACUAUCGAUGGAAAUGAAACAGCUGUGACAGUGGAUCCUUCCAAGACAGAGUAUACCCUUUCUUCUCUUACCAGUGACACACUGUAUACUGUGCGGAUGAUGGCAUAUACAGAUGAAGGAGGCAGGAGUGGUCCUGAUUUUACAUUUACUACACAAAAAUUUGGGAAAGGAGAAAUUGAAGCCAUAGUUGUACCUGUGUGUCUAGCAUUCCUGUUGAUUGUGCUCCUUGGAGUUUUGUUUUGCUUCAACAAACGUGACUUAAUUAAAAAGCAUAUCUGGCCUAUUGUCCCUGAUCCAUCCAAGAGUAAUAUUGCUCAGUGGUCUCCUCAAGUUCCAGCUAAGCAUAACUUUAGUUCCAAAGAUCAGAUGUACCCAGAAGGCAGCUUUACAGAUGUAAGCGUCGUAGAAAUAGAAGCUGAUGACAAGAAGUCUUUUUCAGAACAAGAUCUGAAACCCUUUGACUUGCUUAAAAAGGAAAAAAGUACUUCAGAAGGGCACAGCAGUGGUAUUGGAGGAUCCUCAUGCAUGUCUUCUCCUAGGCAAAGCGUCUCUGACAGUGAUGAAGGUGAAACUACACAAAACACUUCAAGCACUGUACAGUAUUCAACUGUAGUACUUAAUGGCUACAGAGACCAAACACCUGUACAAGUCUUUUCAAGGUCUGAGUCAACUCAGCCACUGCUAGAUUCAGAAGAGAGGUCAGAGGAUCACACGGGAGGAGGUGACAGUACAACACAGAGGCAGCAGUAUUUUAAACAGAAUGGUGGUCAGGAUGAAACCAACACAGACAGGCCAUGCUUUGAAAGAACAAAGCAAAUUACUUCUGCUAAUGAGGGGGAUCUUGUUGGAUUUGCACAACUGCAGAUCUUGGGUCAGAGUUCACAGCCGUUGGGCCUUGGGCUGGAUAAAAGUACCCAGGAAGCUGCUCUAUCAGAUAUUUUACAGACAAGUACUGAAGGACAAACUGUGAGACCUGAAACAGUGGAAGGGAAUCCACCAUCAGCUGAUGAAAUGCCAAAAAGUUACCUCCCACAGACUGUGAGACAAGGAGGCUAUAUGCCUCAGUGAGAGAAGACUGGUUGUGUUUAGGCCUUCAUUAGUGCCUGUUCACACUUUCUCCUGUGUCUCUGAUAAACUAAGCUAGGUAUUUUUAUCUGAAUGCAGAUUGAAAUACUGAAAUUAAGUGAAGAGUAAUUUGACAGAGUACAACAAGGACUCUGUUUUUGUGGAAAAUUUGCAGUCCAGACCUACUGGAGACUGAUUUACGCACUACAUAAAAUCUUUUGUCUGGAUAGCUGGGGUUUUUGUGUCUUGUAACAGAUUUACAUGAUUGAAAAUGGCAAGUUUCAAUUAUCACAUCAGCUGAUAGACCUCCUAGAAGAAAAGUUCUGAUUUGUGACAGUGUACAAGCCUAAAAAGCCAGCUUUAGCUGCUUGGAGCGUCUUUGUGCUAAAGUAAGACUGAAGCUUAGUAUUCUAACAUGGAAGAAUACUUGUCAUGGACUUUUCAGUAGCUUGAUUCACUUUCUGAAUUUUGACUUGGCCCAGUGUCUCAGUUUCCAGCUUACCAGCCAUGCAAAUCAUGUUCGUCCCUGUUGAAAAAUUAUAAAAAUUAAAUAGAACAUACUAUGGUCUGCAAAUAAGAAAAUACAAUGAUUGCUUGACUCUGAAUGCUACUAUAAUAAUUGAUAUUCUGCCUACAUUUAGAUAUGUGUGCACAUGAAUUAGAUAAUAAUUUGGCCUAAAAAUGUGCCUUGCAGCUUGACACAGCAGUUCAGUCUCAUUUUCAGAAGUUCAAAAAUCCAGAUGGAAACACAGAUUGAGAGUCGUUUAAAGGCUUUGUACCCAAAUUACUGUCUGAUUAUACUGUACCUCUCUGGUCAUAAAAACUGCCUUUGUUUAAUAAGUGCACCUUUGCUGUAGAUGGCUUGAGAGGCAAGUUAGAAGCUGUAAGUUUUUAACAUUUUUCUAACUGGUCAGGAGAAAGGGAAUAUGACCUUCUUCCUGAGUGACUACAGUGAUUAGUGUGCUGUAACCUCACUGCUAAUGCUGCAGGACCUUGAAACUGAAAGCAGUAGAAAACAAAGCAUUUAAGUCAUUGAAGCUCUCAGAAGGAAAAAAACAAAACCUAUACCCUGAAUUUGAAUGUUAUUGGUAGUGUGUAUCUAUUAGCAAUCAUGAGCCACAUAUAACACAUGGAUUUCAGGAAAAAAGUAAGGAAUUUUAUCUCUCACUUCUUCCCUGUUCACACAGUUUGCAUUUUAUUAAAGAAGAUACAUAUCUCUCAGACUUCUUCCCAAGAAAAAAUUUAAAGAAAAAUGAAAUUACAUUAAAAUAAACCCCUUCUCCAAUCAUAAAUAGAAAUUCGAUGGCACUCUUGUAGAUUUUAAUUUUUUUAACAACAUUAGUCUAGUCAGCUUUUUAAUUUGACACUAAGAAAACCUUAAUUCAAGACACUAAAUGCUGUGGUGUGAGAAUAAAACAAGGGUUUUAUUUCUCCUUCGGCAAAAGAGCUAUGUAUUUAAUACCAUGUGUAAGCUUGUGUGCUGGAAUCUCUAGUGCUACUGUUCUGCAAAGCACUUGCUAAAGGCCCUGGAAAGGCAGGUGUCAGUAUCAUUUCAACUUCCCUUGUCCUUGUCUGCCAGCUUGCAUGGAAGGACAAGUUUAUGUAUAAAUAUUCACACAAAUUUGUCUUCUGCUUUUAUUACAAAGAAAUUCAAUGCUGGAGUGAGUUCAUAAGAUUACCUCUUGGGAGUCUGGACUACUUAAAGCAGAGGAAGAAUGCAGAAUCUUUAAUAACAUUUCAGUAUUCCAUGGUUCCUUUCCCUCAACAAUGUUUUUUUGGAUCUGGGCUCUUUUUUAAACUAAAAAGCUAUGUUGUAGCUUACUAUAACUAAACCUUUCUUCAAACCAGUCCACUUCCUUUUUUCCCUAUUCCACCUCAGCACUUUCAAACACCCUUGCAGAAGACAAGGGCAUGAUGAAAACUAUGCUGUCAUGAGACAGCAGAGACCAUCUUCCAUUUUCUCAGAGGUUGAAUGAGCAUUUCUUGGAAUUCCUCUUAGAAAAUAAUAGCAGUUACUUUAUUGGGGGAUGGUUCACCUUCUCUAUGCAAACUUCAUGCGGACUGUAGAAACCACAAGUAAAAGGGAAAGUCGCUGUUGAGCAGUGUGUGUGCUUAUUAGAACUAACCUGCAGCCACAUGCAUCUAAUCCACCUCCUGCUCAUCUUUGAAGUAUUGUGAGCCACAACCUGGCUACUUAGUCUGAACAUUGCUUCAGAGGCCUGGAUGUUUUCAAAAACAUGCUGAUGAUUUUUUUUAAAAAAUGUUUUUGUGAUCUAGUAACAAUAACUUUUGAUAGCAUACAUCAUAUGUGAGGGACAGCUUGAGUUAUUCCUGAAGUUGCUAUUUGCCUUUCAGUUGUGUGAAGGGAAGGCAUGUUCUUCUCAGUUGGUGUUAAUCAUGGACCAUUUCCAACUUUAGUGUCAAGAGAUUCUCAUUUUUAAAGGUCUCUGCAAAUCGGGAGUUCUUGCCUGUCACUUAAUGGCAUCUUUCUUUGUUGUUUAUGAGCUAGUGUUAAUGAACUCUCACAGAAUCAUACAGGAGAGUAUCCUAGGGAGACUUCUGUCUAUCGGGCAGAAUUAUAUUCUUUCAGGCUUGUGCAUUUAUCUAGGGCUAAAAUACUAAAGACUAAGCAGGAGAUACUGAGGGGUGAACAGCUUGUAGAAGUCACAAUACAAGUAAGUAACAGGUUUACAGCUUGUUAAUAAACCUAUGUGCCAAAUACUGUAUCAUGCAGUGUUCAGAGUUUAACAGUUUUAUACUUUGGAUCAUAACAAUCCAAUUGUAUCAAAUAGUUGCCUACAGGUUUUUAGAGUGUCUGUAAUGUAAUUAUAGCAAUCCACUGAAAUUCUCUGAACUUGGCCCUAAGAUAGUAAUUAAAAAAGCUUUCUCUCCCCAUCCCCCCAGCCAAUUAUUAUGGUGCACUUUACAAAAUUAAUAAAGGCAUUAUUAAAAUAAAAUCACACUUAAGUAUUGACACUUUCAUGUCCAUCUUGAUUUUCUGGAAUGGAAUUUUUCAGGUAGGGGUAGGAGAAUAUUUUUAAAGACCUUGUUACUUUCUUGGCAGAAAAGGGAGGCUAGUAGAAAUACACAGUAUUUUUCCUGUAUUACCAUGUUUGAAACAUGUCUGAAGUGCAGGCUGGCUAACUGCUCUGUUCACAAGAAAGUGAAUAUAUUUAUCCUUGUAGUUCUGUUGUGGUUCUUUUGGAACAGGGGUUGUUUCUGGGGUGUGGUGGCAUACUUUCAAGGUGGAUAGUCUGGGAAUAUCCUCUUAUUAAACUGUAGCGAAAGUCCUGGGAUUAUGUUCCAUGUGCCCUACUAUAAUAAACUAAACUGCCUGUUAAGCCUUAAACCUGGCAGCACAAAGCACAGCAGAAUUUAAACUGUUGUGGAGUGUUUGUGACAGGCAUGUGCCUAUCUGUGCUACAGCAGCCUAGCAAAAUGCAAGUUAUCAGGACUGGAAAAAACUUUGGCCCUGAGAGGAGGAAGUAGUUUUCAUAUGAGGGCUGAAUCCUGUUCUUGAGCACAUGAGAAGGCCUGUGGCCUGGGUUGGGGUUUGCAGCUUUAGCUUUGACUGUAAAUCAUGAGCACCACCAGAUGGUUAAAACUUACAUUAGUAUGCCCAGUGUGUGGUAAUCACCAUGCUGAUUGAACUUCAGUAACUGAACUUGUUUAGUUAGUGCCAGGUCUGAAUACCCAAGACCCACAUCGAUAUAUGCUGAUAUGGUAUUGACUUCUUAGUGGGAUCUGAAACCCCAAAGACUAUCAAAUUGUUGAUAGUCAGCUCCACUCCAGGAUAUACACAUUUUAAAUUGUAAUUUAUCUGCAUUAAAUGGGACUAAAUAUACUGGUUUAUUUUCCCUGAGGCAGUUGUUACAACUAAGUUUAACUGUUAUUUGGAUAUAUUAACUAUGUCAAAAAGUUCUCCUGACUGAUAGACUGUAAAACUUCAUUAAUACCCUGUAACCUCUUGUCUGUUUGCUAGGAUGGAUACAUAUAGCUAUUUUAAAUUCCAAGCAUUACUCUUAAUGUUAUUUGGAAGCAGUUUAUAACAAAAAUGUUGAGUCUUGUCACAAAACAGCCAUUUGGGAAUUACAGCCAACUGCAGAGUCUUCAGCUUAGCUCUUGAUCAAGAAAACUGUGGCAAAGUGGAGGUUUAAGUGCAAAAGUCUGGAGAACAGUAAAAUUAUGUAUCUGGCAUUGGACUCAGAAUUUCCUAUUUCUUUUUCUUAAAAGUGAAAGGAUCAGUUAAGAAAGAUGAAGCUGAAAUGCAUAUGUGUGUUUGCUUUCACUGUUGUUUCCUUUGUAGCACUUGUGCAAUCUGAGCCAUUCCUAAAAAUGAAAGCAGUGCUGACUUAAUGCACAAGGAUGCAUUUUUAAGGCCACAAGAUCUGAUACAAACACAUUUAAAAUUACCAACAAAGGGCCAGAUCUCAACAAUUGUCCACUUCCCCCCUCUCUUAAUUUUAGUGCCGAGAGAGGGUGGGCAGUAAGUGCCUCCCAGAAUGCAGCCUUAGCCAGUACUUGCCUUUAUUUGCAAGGACAACCUUGAAGGGGAUAUAUGCAAUAAAGUCACUGAUACUCUGCAGAAGCACACUUCUGUAACAAUAGAUGAAAAACACAUUUGGCACAACUGUCGACAGACAGCUGGAAAGCUCCACGUCCUCCUACUCGGACCGAAGCAUCUUCUGCACCACUCAUCAGCUGUUCUCCAACAACUGCAGGCACAGUAGACGAGUGUUGUCUGCAGUGCUGAAACUGGUAACUUCUAUUGCUUUUCUUCAUAUCAAAGCACAUUCUUUAAUGGAUCCAGUCAACUUGCCAUGUUUUUUUAACACGCCAGUCUUGUUUACAGUAUCACAUAUAGCCUGACACUUUGAUACGGUUGGGGUUGAGGAAUCUGCGAUCUUUAAGUUACUGGUCACCGAAUGUUGCUGUGCUGAUACAUGCAUCUGGGUAAGCGGAGGCGUGGGACAUGGGGAUAGACAUACUAACAAGGAAAGUGCCUUGAUGCUGGAUUGGAUGGCUAGUGAAUGUAAACAUUGAGUCAAAUUUUGCUAUGUACUUAAAGUAGGUAUGGCUGAUUAACCUACUGGUGAUUUGAAUGCCAGCUUUAAAGGGCUUGUAUACUCUAGCCAGAGGUUAAAUUUGUAAAUGCUGCAUAAGCUGUCUCUGUAUGGAAAUGUGUUUUAAUACCAGUACUCUAUCUUGAUUCUUUUGCAACCUGCAUGUUUAUUGUCAUAUAAACUCUGCUUUCUACAAUUUACUUCAUGGUCAGUUUUGAAUGUCUUCCUCUGUUACCCAACUGAGCCUGAAUGUUGCAUUUGUCUAGUACAUAAUAUAUGAAAAGAAAACAAAAUUCCAUACUU